AUAAGGGAAAAGGGCACACCGGUGCAAAUUUCAGCAUUACAGAUCUAUGCUAAAAAGCAUUUCAAGUACUUCAUAUUCUUCAUUAUUGAUUUCUUUCUUUUGGGUAGAGAAAUUUGUUUGUUAAACCUAGCUGUAGCGACAACAAUGGAAGAGAUGGGUAUUCCACAUAGCGACUUCGAUCGCCUUCUCUUCUUUGAGGCAGCACGAAAGACUGCGGAGUCUACCUAUGCCGUUAAUCCUCUCGACGCUGAUAACCUCACAAGAUGGGGAGGAGCACUUUUGGAGCUAUCGCAGUUUCAGCAAGGUGGAGAGUGUGUGAAAAUGGUCAAAGAUGCCGUGUCAAAACUCGAAGAGGCACUGAAAGUUAAUCCAAAGAAACAUGAUACACUGUGGUGCCUAGGAAAUGCCCAUACCUCACAUGCAUUUCUCACUCCAGAACAUGAGGUUGCAAAGAUUUAUUUCAAGAAGGCAUCGGAUUAUUUUCAGCAGGCAGUAGAUGAGGAGCCCAGUAAUGAACUGUAUCGGAAGUCUUUGGAGUUGACAGAAAAGGCUCCUGAAUUGCAUUUGGAAGUGCAUAAGCAAAUGUUUAGUCCGCAGAAUCUUGCUUCUGGUUCAUCCACUGCUUCUAAUUUGAAGGGCUCAAAGAAGAAGAAAAAUAGCGAUUUGAAGUAUGACAUAUUUGGUUGGAUUGUACUUGCUGUUGGCAUAGUAGCAUGGGUGGGAAUGGCCAAAUCUCAUGUCCCUCCACCUCCACCUCCAUCGUUAUAAAACUUCUUCUAUCACAUAGAAGCUUUAUAGAUAUAUUUUAUCUUACGAUAUUUUAAAUUGCUAAUUUUGUUGUAGCAGUAGAAAUCUGUAUGCUUUACUGUAUAGAGGUAUGGAUGCAAUUAUUUUUCUGCUAGUUUUUGUUUGCAUAGUUGGAUAUAAUAUAUUCUUGUAAGUCAGAGAGAGUAGGUCUGUUACUUGUGGGGAUGCCAAACAAUUAUAUUUUUGUUAUUUUCUGUUUUUGUAGGUAAAAAUAAUAUAAUAAAAAAUCUUAAAGAGAGUGA